AUGUCUUUCACCGGCACGCAGGACAAGUGCUCGGCGUGCGAAAAGACGGUCCAUUUCAUCGACCUCCUCACGGCGGACGGCGUCAUCUACCACAAGACCUGCUUCAAAUGCAGCCACUGCAAAGGGAUCCUCUCGAUGUGCAGCUAUUCUUCCAUGGACGGCGUCCUCUACUGCAAGACGCACUUCGAGCAGCUCUUCAAGGAGACAGGGAGCUUCUCAAAGAAGUUCACACCAGGUAACAGAUCUGGCGACAAGAAUGAACUGUCAAGGGCCCCAAGCAAGCUUUCAGCUGCCUUCUCCGGUACUCAGGAUAAGUGUGCAGCCUGCACGAAAACAGUGUAUCCACUCGAAAAGAUGACUCUGGAGGGCGACGCAUACCACAAGAGCUGCUUCAAGUGUUCCCACGGGGGCUGCAUCCUAACCACCUCCUCCUACGCCGCCCUCAACGGUGUCUUGUACUGCAAGAUCCAUUUCCAGCAACUGUUCAUGGAGAAAGGAAGCUACAGCCACAUGAAGAAGAAGAGCCCCUCGCAGGAGGUGUUGCCCGAUUUGGUGGCGGCAGCCGAAGAGCAACCGGCGGCAGAGGCGGCAGAGGCGGCACCGCCGCAAGAUGAAGAAUAG